AUGGAAGGUAUCGGAAGUGCAGUUAUGGACGGAGACGUUCUAGACUUAGAGGAGUUCCCAGCUCAACAAGGAGGUAAUCCAGACCAGAAACUAGUCGGCAGAGUAUUAACAGGGAAGGUGCUAAAUACAGUCACAGUGCGAGCAAUAGUAGGGAGAGUUAUAAGUGCUGAGAAUCCAUUUGUUGAAGGGAACAUGCUUAGAUCCUUUUUGAGGGUUAGGGUAGAGAUAAAUGUUCAAACACCUCUGAAAACAGGAUUCUGGCUCAAAAGAGAUGAUGGAAGUCAUUCAUGGGCUGAGUUCAAAUAUGAAAAAUUGUAUGAUUACUGUUACAAAUGUAGAAAAAUUGGGCAUGACAAAAAAGCAUGUAUUGAAGAGUUGGCUAUGUCAUUAGUAAACCCAACAAGUCCUAGAUAUGGACCAGAACUUACAACUCCGGGACUGAGAUCAAUAGAGAAUGAGGCAAGAAAGGCAGGAAUUAGGAGGAGAAAGGAAGAACACAACAACUGGGUGGAGGAGUUAUGGGAGGCGCGUGAGAGAAGCUUGCAAGGGAGAGAGUGGCUGAAAAGACAAUCACAAAGGGAGGAAGAAGGGUCAAAUCAAGGGAGUAUAAGAAGUUCUCAAGCCAGUGCCUUUGCAAAAUCUUGGGGUAGAUUGGCAAAUCCAAAGGAGCAAAUGGGAGGGAGACAAGUGGCAACACAGGAAGCUCAAGAUCAGGAUGAAGGGGCUGAUGAUGAAGAAAUGAACGGUGAUGAUGAUAAUAAUAUAUUGAACCUAGCUGAUGGGACAACAAACCAGAAAAAAGGGGAAAAGAAAAAGGGCAUUCUAGAAAAGCAACAAACUAGUGAAUCAGUAGCAAUGGGAAACGUGAAGGAUGUUAGGGAAUUAGGAAAGGAUGGGGAGAAUGGGAAGGAUAGUAACAAGAUUUCUAGGAGGUAUAUAGAGAGAGGUGGGCCAAACAGGAGAAGAAUGGACAGCACAAAAAAGAUGGCAUGGGCUUUCACCAACCAAAGGCCCAAUAGAGAUAGCCAGCAAAUUAAUAGUGGGCCAACUGAAAAAGAAAAGAACCCCACUAUUGGACAACUAUUGAAGGAAUUCAACAAGAAGAUGGCUGAAGAAGGAAGGAAGAAAAAUAUAGAAGAGAAGUUGGAAGAGGAGGCCCAAAAUAGGAAAAAUAUGGAAGUUGAUGAGAUAGUAAGCCAAGAUCAGAACAAGGGGGAAAAGCCAGAACAGAAUAACAAGCAGUUAGUCACAGAAAGCGAUGGAGGGUUCUACUAUGUUGAACUAGCAGAAGAAGAAGAAGAACUAGAGCAGGAAAAUAACAAAGCAAUUGUAGUGGCCAAGGAAUAUGAAAUAGAACUUGCUCAAAGAAUGGAGAAAAAGCUGAAAAUCAAAAGAAGAAGAGGAGAUGACCAGCAGGGACAAAUAGGAAAUUGCCUGGAAGAAGAAGAGGAAGCUGUGCAGGUGUGGAGAGCUAGCAAGAAGAACAAGGUGGUCGGAGGCCUCAUGGAAGGGAUGGCCAAUGAGGAUGAAUUACUGAUCAGAGGAGACAACUUGGGAAAUUUAAUGGCUGAGGAGGCGGGCCUACACAUGCCCCCAAAUAAGUUGGAACUGCCGCGGGCUUGCGGCCCCCGCGACAGUUUCUGA